AAAUUUUUUUUUUAUGCGAUAAUUUAAAAACUACUUACAUAUGUAUAGAACUCUAAAACGUCGCUGUGUAUAUUUAACUGCGCUAUAUAUGAAUUAACAAGAUAUGUGACGACUUUCUUCAUCUUUUCGCGAUGGCAGAAACUAAUGAUGACAAUUCAUCGAGCCUUAAUGACAUGACGAGAAAAGUAAUCGAGGAUGAGCUUCCAAAUAAUUUAGAAGAGAUAGUAUCUGUGAAAACGGAAGAUAGCGUAGUGCAACAAGUUUCGGAGCAAAUUGAAAAUGCCUCGAAAUCCUUCAAUCAGGACAGAACUCAGGAAGAUACUACACAAUUGAGUGUUAAAGAAGGUGAAGAAAUUGAUGGCACACUAACUCACAAGGAAAAGUUGCAAAAACAGGUGGAAAUUGGAGAGAUUACUCCUUUUGAGGCAAUAUCUAAACAGUCGGCUUUGGAACAGACAGAAAAAAUUAUCAAGAAAGGCUCUCACUUGGACCUUGAGAAAUAUUUUAAACAGCAAGCUGCUCUUGCGGAGCAGAAAAGGAAGUUAAAGAAAGUGCCUAAAGCAUCUUCCGACAAAGAUCAUCCAAUCCCAGCCAAAAAAGCAAAAGUAUUCAACGUUGAUGCAAGAUCGAAUAAAAAUGCUCCAAAAUCUUCUAAACACGAGGAAAACGUCAAAACUAACAUUCCGCAAUAUACAAAAGAAGUGGAGUCUUCAAGUGUUACAAAUGAAUCUACAGACAUAAGUUCCGGAAGCGAAUACAUUCCCAGUGAUAAUGAAGUCGAUUCUGAUGCGGAAAGUAAAGCAGUGUCAAAGAAAAGAAAAAGUUUUACUAAAUCAAAGUGCACACGUACAAAGAGAACUCGUGACGACGGAGAUAAUUGUACAUUCAAGCAAAGAAUGGAAACGAACAGCUAUCCUACAACAGAAGAAAUGCACAAAAUCGACACUCUAUUUAAAGUACCGCUAUGUAUUUGGGAAAAAUUGUACAAAUAUCAAAAGGUUGCGGUUAAAUGGCUUUGGGAAUUACACGGUCGUAGAUUGGGCGGUUUAUUGGGCGACGAGAUGGGAUUAGGAAAAACCGUACAAGUUAUCGCUUUUCUCGCGGGAAUGGAUUGCAGCGAAUUGCUCUCUUACAACGGAAGAUUCCGAGGUCUAGGUCCAACCAUAGUUGUGUGUCCUGCUACUCUGAUGGAACAAUGGGUGAAACAUUUUCACGAAUGGUGGCCUUUUUUCAGGGUCGUUGUGCUUCACCAUUCUGGUGGUUACAACGGUGAUCCAGAAGAUCUGAUAGAAUCCUUACAAACUGGCGGAAUACUCGUAACUUCUUACAAUGGUGUUCUCAAACACAAAGAUUUGCUCGCAUCUAGUCAGUGGCAUUAUGUUAUUCUUGACGAGGGACAUAUGAUUCGUAAUCCACAAGCGAAGGUAAGCCGCGCAGUUAAGCGAUUCUCAACGCCACAUCGAUUGUUGUUAACCGGCAGUCCGAUGCAGAAUUCUCUAAAGGAAUUGUGGUCCCUGUUUGAUUUCAUUAUCCCCGGCAAAUUAGGAACUCUUCCCGUGUUUCUGGAACAUUGUGUAGCUCCUAUAACGCGCGGCGGUUACGUAAACGCUACGUCGCUGCAGGAAGCCACGGCUCUGCAAGUGGCUACAUUGUUGAAGGAUACCAUCACGCCGUAUAUGCUCCGGAGAACGAAGACUGACGUAAAACAUCAUCUCACACUGCCGAAAAAAAACGAGCAGGUAUUAUUCUGCAGCUUGACGGACGAACAAAAGAAACUGUAUAAAAAAUAUCUGUCUUCCGACGACGUAUUGUAUGUCUUACACGAGAGAAAUAGUAAUCAGGAUAGAGGAAGAUACAGAGCGAGGUUUCUUAUUGCGUUGUCGGCGUUGAGAAAACUUUGCAAUCAUCCGGAUUUGUUUUUAUACACUCGAGAAAUGGAUUCGGACGAAGACGUCGACCUGUCCGAGGAACAGUUACAGAAAUUCGGUUAUUGGAAACGAGCCGGGAAAAUGAUUGUGGUGCGAUCUCUCUUGAAAAUCUGGCACAAACAAGGACACAGAGUAUUACUUUUCACUCAGGGAAAACAGAUGAUGCACAUUUUGGAAUGUCUUUUGCAAUUGGAAGGAUACACGUAUCUAAGAAUGGACGGCACGACGAUAAUGUCUCAGCGACAGCAAACAAUUCACAAGUUCAACAAUAAUCCAUCGUAUUUUGUAUUCCUGCUAACAACGCGCGUAGGAGGCUUGGGAGUGAAUUUGACCGGUGCGAAUCGAGUGAUAAUUUACGAUCCCGACUGGAACCCAGCCACGGAUGCUCAGGCGAGAGAACGCGCAUGGAGAAUAGGUCAAAAUAAACAAGUCACUAUCUACAGAUUAAUUACCGCUGGCACGAUCGAGGAAAAGAUAUAUCACAGACAGAUCUUCAAGCUGCUACUUUCCAACAAAGUUCUCGACGAUCCACGUCAACGCCGAUUGUUUCGAACAUCAGAUCUUAUAGAAUUGUUCAAUCUGAACGAACCUAUUAACGGCGAUUCUUCAGAAUCCGAUAGCUUGUUUAGAGAAUCCCGACUGAUGCCCGCACCGAGUUUUUCUCACAGCAAGAUCGAGAAGAUGAAAAAAUUAGCCUCGGCUCUGAGCAAAAAAAUAAGCGCGACGAUACAAUCGACUUCCAACGAGGAUAAAAGUGACAACAGUUCUGGGAAUAAAAACAACGAGCAAAAUAAUAAUUCGGGACACAUCGAGACUGUCGUUGCUGAAAACGACGUGUCUGAGAACAAAACAUUAUCUCCCAAUCAAAUCGAUACACAAAACAAUCUGAACAAACAAUGCAACGAAGAUUCGAAUACAAAUUUGGAUGUUGAAAGGAACACAAAAACUAAUGAUACGUCUAAAGAUGUUUGCGAACAAGACGUAGCUUCCACAAAUCGUAGUAACGUGGAACAGGAAGACAAGUCCGCUUCAGGCGAUAACAAAACCACAUCUGUUCGUAAACGUAAAAAACACAAAAAGGAAUCGAAGAAUAUUUCCGCGAUGUUUGAAGGAGAACGUGUAUCUUGUCUGAUUGGUCGACGUUUAGGACGUUCUAACGAAGAAGAAGAAUCAGUUUCAACUGCGGAUGAUGAUUAUGUGCUGAGAAAAUUAUUCUUAAAAUCAAAUGUCAGUUCAGCUUUCCAGCACGAAGACGUGUUGGCGAACGCACGUCUCAACGACAAUAAUGAGAGCACGAUGCAACGUUUCGCGCGUGAAUCGGCCUUAGAAAGUAUGGAUUACGUUCGCCAAUCGGGAAAAUUUUGCUGGAAGCCAGAGUGAAAACGUGGAUGAUUAGUGUGAUCUUUGAUACUUGCUUAUAGCAACAUGUUUAUUU